AUGUCCUCUGCUCCUCCGAAUCCUUCAGGCGGAUAUGCGCCUCCGCCGGGCCCGCCUCCUAGUACAACACCCGCUUCACAAUCUCCGUAUCCACCACCAGCAGGCGCCCCUCCUCCUCCUUCCGGUCAACAACAACAGCAACAACAACCAUACUCGGUCUACCCGCCUCCAGGAGCCUACGCCGCUGGCCCGCCACCCGUAGGCGGGUACUACCCACCCCCACCCCCAGGCGGCUACUACCCUCAAUACCCCCAAUAUCCCGGGUAUUACCCCCCUCCCCCAGCUCCCGGCCAAUACGCCCCGUACCCUCCACCACCAGGCCAGUACCCUCCGCCCGCGGCCCAGUACCCACCGCCCGCUGGAUCCUACCCGCCCCCGCCCGGAGGUGCCCCUGGUACCCCUGGCGCCCCUGGCGCCCCCGGUGCACCCGCCGCCGGCGCCGGCGCUGGCGCGCCCCCCGCUCCCGCUCCCGCAACAGGCCAAUACCCACCACCCACCGGCCCUCCACCCCCAGGCACAGCGCCCUACGCCAUGCCCACCGCCGGCACAGGCGCACCAUAUCUCCCCCCUGGCGGCAGCGCGCCGUACUACCCACCACCACCACCUACAGCGCACGCGCCGCAGGACCCGCUUGUUUAUCUGGGCGCUGCGAUCCCGAACCCCGAAGCGCCGCCUGUCCCGCUUGGCGUGCAGAAGGUGCAUGGAUGGGACCCGGCGCAUGAUUAUAAUUCUAUUGUGCGCGCUAUCUCGCCUGAUGGUGUGGGCGAUGAGAAACGAUUGCUCAAUAUCGUGUUACCCCUGAACAUAUUCCAGAUGGACGCGCUGAGCGACUACUGCCUCGCCAAAACGGGCGUGACGCUCGCGGAGAAGCUGCAGCGCUGCACAAGUGGGAAUUUCUCCACAACAAUCCACGCCCUCGCCCUCGGCCCCCUCUUCUACGACGUACACCUCGCCAAAAAAGCCAUCGCAGGCCUCGGCACCGACGAAACGCUCCUCAUCGAGCUCAUCCUCGGCCGUCAGGCGUUUGAGGUGCGCUGGCUUAAGACGGCGUAUCGGGUGCGGUAUGGGAGGGAUUUGGGGGAUGCGGUUAGGGGCGAUUUGUCGGGGGCUACUUUGGAGAUGUUCAAUAUGGCACUCGCAGCUCAAAAACCCACCAACCCGUACACCCCGCCGACGAAAGACGACCCGAGCGUCGUGCUGGAUGCGAAGCGGCUGCAUGAGGCUGUUAAGAGGAAGCAGAAGGGGUGGGAGGUUGUGCUGUUUGAGAUAUUCAUCAAUCGCUCGGAUUUGCAUAUCGCUGCUGUGUCCCUUCUUCACUGCUUCAUCCCAUCAACCCACUCACCCACUCUUACCCCUAUCCCUCCCUCCCACCCCACCCACCCACCCCUCCCACCACACAGCUCCAGCACAAUCCGCGAAGCACUCCUCUACAUCCUGCACGGCGUCAAAUCCAAACGCGACGGGCACGGUUUCUGGCGCGACGCGAAACUCCUCGAAAAAAGCAUGGCGGGUCUCGGGACGCGAGACGCGCAGCUGAUAUAUAGGCUGGUGAGAGCGCAUUGGGAUGGGAGGCGGUUGGAGGGGGUGAAGGAGGCUUAUGCGAGGAGGUAUAGGAAGGGGUUGGAGGGACGGGUGAGGGGGGAGACGAGUGGGAGUUAUAGGGAGGUUUUGGGGGGGAUUGUUAGGGGACGGGAGGGGAUGGGUGGGGGGAAGUUUUGA